GUUGUCGUUUUGACAAAUGGAGGGUAUUCGACAACGGAAAUCCAGGCGUAAAACGCCAAACAAAAUACAGGUUCAGAGUGACACAGAAAACUUCCGAGCAAUCGGACCAGUGAAGAAUCUUUGCUGCUGUUUAAGCAGUACAUCUGGCUAGUAGCUAUCGAUAAUGGCAACAAUGAAUGACUCAGUUUUGGAGCCUGCCUCGGAAUCUGAGACAGCAGCCAAUUACACUAAUUUGGGACCUUGUUCAAGGCCUCAAGUUAUUUAUCGGUGUAAAAAAUGUCGGAGGAUUGUUGCCUCAGCAGAGAACAUAGUUUCCCAUGAACGAGGAAAAGGAGAACAGUGCUUUAAAUGGAAAAAGAGAAGUGGUGACCUCUUGGAAAAGGAACCAGCUGAAUGCUCUUCCAUAUUUGUAGAGCCCAUGAAGUGGAUGCAAACAGUACAAGAAGGUUUUGUGGGAGAGAAACUUCAGUGCAUUGGGUGCAAGGCACGCUUGGGUUCUUUCAACUGGGCAGGCAUGCAAUGCAAUUGUGGUACAUGGGUUAAUCCUGCAUUCCAACUACACAAAAACAGAUUAGAUGAAUGCUUUAUAUGAGUCAUAUCUAUUUGUUACAACAGAAAUGAGCGGAAGUCCUAGCAAUGGUUCAAGGGAGACAUUGCACAUAGGUGACUUGAGGUUUAGCAUGCUUAGAGGUCUAAUAGAGGCAGGACAUAUAUCGGAACUGGGGGGACCAAAAUAUAUAAAUUAGCAGGAACUUUAUCUGAAAAGUCCAGUUGCACCCACAACUUUUUAACAGUCUCUUUGAUUCUCUAUAGUUUUACUUUUUGUAACCAAUAGAUCUUUGAUUGAAUAAAAUACUAGUUUGUUUGGCACACCCCUGCUGACAGUGCUAAAAUAUUGAUCACUUUCAAUUUUUUUCAUUCAUUUUCAUUUUCUC